AUGGCCAGUGUAUACGAUGUUGUUGCCGGUCGCGUCAAUAAUAGGGGACUGCAUUCAGGAAACACAUUUACGUCGAAGUACCGCGAUACAGAAUCCUCAGGCGCCCGCGCUCUCCACCCGGAGGAAGUUCUUCAUCGGGUGAACCGAGAAUACGUCAGGAAACUGAACGGUUUAGAAACCAAUUCAUACUUCGCUCACGAGAAACUCCCUGCCGAUCGUCCACUCCCGAACUCAGAGCUUUUAACUGCCAUCCACUCCUACGCAUCCGAGUUUUACACACAAUUGCCCGAAAAUUCAAAACAUAACUUCCACAGUAUGGAUGAGUCGGCCUUACUUGCGGUUGGGAUUUUAAUGGAGGAAUUGGCGACCGAGGGGCUCGGAGAAACUGGAGACCUGGUCCUUACGGAAGAACAAUGGAUCGAUGAGGAAGAGAGCAUCCAACAGGAUGCACUUGCCGGCUUGAGAAAAAAAGCGAAGCAAAGAUUCAAACCGAGGGUCAACGGAGGUCCUACCGACUUGCAUCACCACGAGGAGGUCAUGCGCCAGACGUCUAAACGACACAGAAGGUCGAUUUCGGAGUCUGUAUCUACGAGAGAAGGUGGUACGCAGGAAGCAGAAUCUCCAAAGAAAAAGAAGAAGUAUAAAUGA